AUGGGCGAAAUUGAAGAUGUCAAAGAGCUAACCAUCGCUAAAGCUCACGAAGCUUAUCGUGCUGGUAGAUAUACCGCCGAGGAUCUUACCGCCGCCUACCUGGCUCGAAUUCAGCGCUUCGACAAAUCUGGUCCCAAAAUUAACUCAACAUUGGCCAUUUCACAGACCGCGCUGGCUGAAGCUAGACAGCUCGAUAGACAUUACUCCAUGACGAGAACUUUCCAAGGUCGUCUCCAUGGCAUUCCCAUACUUAUCAAGGACCAGGCCGACACCGCAGGGCUGGAGACAAUGUAUGGAUCUGGAGCUUGUAAGGGCAAUGUGCCAACCGAAGAUGCGUUUCUAGUUCACAAGCUGAAGACCGAAGGGGCAAUCGUUCUUGGAAAGACGACCAUGUCCGAGUGGGCAAGUACCUGGUUCAGCCACUCAUCGGCGAGCGAUUGGGUGCCAACCAAGAAUCCUUACAAGCUAGACCAUGACGUUGGUGGUUCCUCGUGUGGCUCUGCUGCUGCAGUCGCAGCCAAUUUCGCUCUUCUUGCAGUAGCUGAGGAUACAGGUGGUAGCAUCCGAUGCCCUGCCAGCUUUACCAAUCUUGUAGGACUUCGACCCACCCCCGGCCUUGUAAGCAGAUCUGGCUUCUGCCCACUCGUCAAAGUGCAAGACACACCUGGACCAGUUGCUCGUACUGUUCAAGACUGCGCCCUCUUCUUCGAUUGUAUGGUCGGUUUUGACGCUCAGGAUAGCUUUACUGGUGUCGCAGCCAUGGCAAGGAGAUUGGGUCUGCCGCGCGGAGGCAGCUAUACGUCUACUCUGGAGCAAGGACCAGCAACUAUACGUAAAGCAAGGAUUGGGGUUUUGAGACAACUCUUCGGACCAGACUCGGAUCCUCAUUGUCAAGCUGUAAACAAAGUCAUUAACGAAGCCUUCUCAACUCUAGCACAGAUAGGCACAACCUUUGUAGACGUUCACCUUGACAGGCUUGAGCAUUAUAUGACCUUCACCCCGACGUAUCUGCAGCGUUCGAGAGCCGACAUUAACAGCUUCCUUGCCACAAAGCCUCACCUUCCGCAAGAUGUGGCCGACAUUGUGCCAGAGGAACCCGCGGAGGAUUUCCUCAGUUUCACCUCCCAGAUCACUCAUGGGCCACUGGAUUCUACCCAAGAUCCCGACUAUCUUCGCAAAAUUCUCGAUCGAGACGAGUUCAAGAGAAAGCUCGACUGCUUGAUGGCCUCGAUGGAUCUUGAUGCUUUGGCGUUCCCAGAUGUGCAGAUUCCUCCUCCAAAACAUGAAGAUUCCACCAAUGGUCGCUUCCCAACUUGCUGGGACUUUCCGGUCAAUACCCUGUUGGCCAGUCAGGCUCGAUUGCCCGCGAUCACAGUUCCCGCAGGUUUCACAGCAGAUGGUCUGCCGAUUGGGUUGGAGCUCGUCAGCUACGAGUAUCAUGAGCAGACGCUGCUUGAACUCGCAAGAGGGGUCGAGAUGAUUGUUGGAGCCCGCCGAGCUCCAUCGAUCUGA